AUUCGUUUCCUUUUAUUUUAAAGUCGUUUUUAUUAGGGUUCCUUCGUUCGUUCCUAGAUUUUGAUUUUAACCGGAAAUAUAAAGUCACUUUCCUCCGGCGAUUGUGAGGCUAUCCUAAAUUAAAUCCUCUGUCGGGGAGGUUUGAUUGGAAAAAAAGAAGAAAUGGAGGUAAUCACUCAUCCAACACCUCGAACUGUCGAAGAGGUCUUUACUGACUUCAGAGGUCGUCGAGCUGGUCUUAUCAAGGCUCUCACUACCGAUAUGGUGAAGUUUUACCAAACGUGCGAUCCUGAGAAAGAGAACUUGUGCCUCUAUGGACUUCCUAACGAGACAUGGGAGGUGAAUCUUCCCGUCGAGGAAGUUCCUCCCGAGCUUCCUGAGCCUGCUCUUGGCAUCAACUUCGCUAGAGACGGGAUGCAAGAAAAGGACUGGGUGUCUCUGGUCGCUGUUCACAGUGAUUCCUGGCUGCUCUCUGUCGCGUUCUACUUUGGUGCUCGUUUUGGGUUUGGUAAAAAUGAGAGGAAGAAGCUCUUCCAGAUGAUAAACGAGCUCCCAACCAUUUUCGAGAUUGUGACAGGCAAUGCAAAGCAAUCCAAGGAUCUAUCUGCCAACAACAACAACAACAACAACAGUAGCAAAAGCAAAUCCAACGGCUUGAAGGUUCCAAAGAUGUCAUCUCCACCGCCGAAAGAAGAAGACGAGAGUGAGGACGAGGACGAAGACGACGAACAAGGUGCGGUCUGUGGCGCUUGUGGAGACAGUGACGGUACAGACGAGUUCUGGAUCUGCUGCGACGCGUGUGAGAAAUGGUUCCAUGGGAAAUGUGUGAAGAUAACACCUGCAAAAGCGGAACACAUCAAGCAUUACAAAUGCCCAACCUGCAGUAACAAGAGAGCCAGGCCUUGAUGAUGCCUAAGUGAACAAAAGGUAAAAGAGUUAGGAGGAAGCUGUUGAAAGAAGGAGGAGAAGCUCCCAGUUUAUUGAACGAAAAGGCCAAAGAUAAAUGGGGUUUUAGAAGAUGUAAGAAGGUUAAAAAAAACACGUUUGCUUGCUUAGUCUUUGUUUAUGGAUUCAGACUAUUUACUAUUGAUGUGAUGUUUUUCUUUGGAUGCUUUGUUGUUGUUGUUGUUAAUGUCAAUGCUACUACUGAUUUGGCCUU